ACAUAACUCUCUGGCAUGCUCUAACUGCUCGUGGAUUUUAGCAAAGUUAGAUUGUUGGAGCAUAAAAUUUCAGAUAUUUUUCUCUUUAAUCUGGAAGCACCCUUCUGGAUCCGAUGAUCACAGGGCAGCUGAGCAAACCGCUGCUCCCUCUGCGUGCCGAUAUGGACGCCUGCGAGCUGCGGGAUGACGACAAAGCGGGCAGCCCGGACAGCGAGCUCAACGAGGAGCCCUUGCUGCUGUCAGCUGACACAGACUCGGAGGAGAAGAUGUAUGGUGGUCGAGUUGGUUCAGUUCAGUCUGAUGCCAGCAGCAGUCCCACAGAACAUGGUCAUAUGGGUCAAUCUCACCCCACGUACCCUGUUGGACCACAGUCUCUGUUGGUUGCUCAGCAGUUGGCGUCAGCGGUUAGUGGAGUGAUGUCCGGUGGAGCUCCGGGUCUCAACCAGCCCAUUCUGAUCCCCUUUAACGCUGGUGGGCAUCUCGGUGGGCAGCAGGGCCUGGUUCUGUCUCUGCCCACUGCUGCCAACAUACAGGGCCUGGUGGCAGCCGCUGCUGCUGGUGGCAUCAUGACGCUCCCCCUACAGAAUCUGCAAGCUACCUCAUCCCUAAACUCUCAGCUCCAGCAUCUUCAACAGCUCCAACAGCUACAGCAUCACCAGCAACAGCAUCAUCAUCAUCAACAACAGCAGCAGCAGCAACAACAACAACAGCAGCAACGAGAACGAGAGCAGCGUGAAAGAGACCAACAACAACGAGAACGAGAACGGGAACGUGAACGUGAACGUGAGCAGCACCAACAGCUCUGUGGUCCAACGCAUCUCCAGCCACCCAGCCAUCAUCAGCUCACUCCUCCGAUUCAGUCACAAAUCUCUGGACCUUCUCCAGGCUCCGCCUCCACCUGCACCUCCUCCAAUCAUAGCUCAACCCAGCCUCCUCAGUCUCCGCCCCCUCAUAGGCAAAACCAAUCACCAGCUCACAGCUUGCCAUCACCUGUCACACCUCCUCUGCCACUACAGGAGAACGCGUUUCAUCUACUCCGUCAGAAAGAGAGUGAAGGGAAGAGAAAGAGAGAGUGUUUGCCCUCAGAUAGGCUCAACCCUCUGGCCAGUCAGGCAGCGGUUGCCGCAGCAGCAGCGAUGGGUUCAAUUGCCGGGUCACAGGUGUUUGGUAAUGCUCUCUCCAGCCUGCAGGGGGUCACUGGACAACUGGUCACCAAUGCACAAGGACAGAUCAUUGGUACGAUCCCUCUGAUGCCAAACUCUGUAGGACCUUCCAGCCAAUCAGGGGGCGGCACUCCCUCACUGCAGGUCCAGCCAAUCACACCGCAGCUGCUGACCAAUGCACAGGGUCAGAUUAUUGCCACUGUGAUUGGCAACCAGAUCCUGCCAGUGAUCAAUACCCAGGGAAUCACACUGUCACCCAUUAAACCUGGACAGCAGCUGCCGCAGGCCGGUCAGACUUCACAGGCUCCUCCUGUGUCUCAGCCGAGUCUGCUCCGUAUGCCCCACAGCCAGAGCCCCCUCCGCCAGGCCUCUUCCUCCUCCUCAACAUCAUCAUCCUCAUCCUCAGCUCUUAGCGUCGGGCAGCUAGUCAGCAACCCUCAGACUGCCCCCAGUGAGGUGGAUGGUGUGAACCUGGAGGAGAUUCGAGAAUUCGCCAAAGCGUUUAAAAUUCGGCGGCUGUCUCUGGGUCUGACUCAAACUCAGGUGGGCCAGGCUCUCAGUGCAACUGAAGGCCCUGCCUACAGCCAGUCUGCCAUCUGCAGACACACCAUCCUGAGAAGCCACUUUUUCCUACCACAGGAAGCCCAAGAGAACACUAUAGCUAGCAGUCUGACAGGCAAACUGAACCCUGGCCUUUUAUAUCCUGCCAGGUUCGAGAAGUUGGACAUCACCCCAAAAAGCGCCCAGAAGAUUAAGCCCGUGCUGGAGCGCUGGAUGGCCGAGGCGGAAGCCCGCCAUCGCUCUGGUAUGCAGAACCUGACCGAGUUUAUCGGCAGCGAGCCCUCCAAAAAGCGCAAACGCCGGACCUCUUUCACGCCGCAGGCCCUGGAAAUCCUCAACAGCCACUUCGAGAAGAAUACCCACCCCUCUGGUCAAGAGAUGACGGAAAUCGCGGAGAAACUGAACUAUGAUCGCGAGGUGGUGCGCGUUUGGUUCUGCAAUAAGAGGCAAGCGUUGAAAAACACUAUAAAGAGGCUUAAACAGCCCGAGCUCGGGCCGGUCGCACCGAUGGACCCUCUGGUUGAUAAUAUGGAGGAACACCCUUAGCUUGAUACGAGCGCCAUAAGGCGAACACACACCGAUGGCGAAACUUCUGAUAUUGUGGACUUAAAGACCUGGACGAUUGCUAUCCGAUGCACCAUCGACUGGAUGAACUGUCAACAAAGGCAAAAAGAAAUAUUGUCAGUGUUAUCAUCACAAAAGCAAAAACCAAAAAAGUUCAGAAAAAAAGAGAGUUGUAUGAGAAUUAUAGUACUGAUUCAUUGUGAGGAAUUAAGAACAAGGAUCUUGUUUAAAUCAAGGAUGGUGAAGAAACUACUUACCAAAGUUUGUUGCAUCUGAUACCUGAGGUUUUUUAAUUGUAAAUGUGUUUUACAUUUUUACAUUUUUACUGGGGAAAAAAAGAAAAAAAGAAAAAGAUUCAUGUGAUGGGGUAGAUGGGUGUGACAUUUGAUCUUGUCUUAUUUUAUCACUUGGGUUUUUAUGUAAAUAUUUCUGGUAAAUUGUCACCAAACUGAAAUCACAAGUUAAAAAACAAAAACAAAAAAAAAACGAACAACAACAAAAAAAAUUCUUUGAGAAGUUUAUUUCAAAAUUGUCACAUUUCUUCUGUCUGUAAGGCCAUCAUCAAAUGUGUCAUCUUUUCAUAAACAUUAAGGCAUCCGUCAUGAAAGAGUGCACUUGGGAGGAAUAUUUUACAAAGAGAUUCUCAGUGAACAUGCCACAGAUAUCCACAUUUGUUGCAGCUGUGAUUAAAGCUAUUUAAUGGUGUUGCCAAAGCCUCCUAGCCAAAGAACAAGGACAUUGUAUCUCAUACCUUGGCCUGAACCAUUUUAUCCUUUUCAUGUGAUCGGAUGAUUUUAUUUUUAAAA